AAGAUCAUGCUCCAUGUGGAUGGAAGUUACAAAAUACCAAACUACAGAGUAGAAGGAUAUGUCUGCCGGACCAAUACUCCGUCCAACACAGCCUUCCGAGGAUUCGGGGCACCAGAGGGGGCCUUCAUCAUUGAAUCACUCAUAGCAGAUUUUGAGACAACUCUUACGGUACCUCGUGAACAGAUCCGAUCGACUAAUUUGUACAAGGAAGGAGACUCUACACAUUUCAACUCUAUCUUGACGGACUGUAAUGUAGAAAAAUGUUGGAACGAAUGUAUGGUUCAGAGCAACUUCGCUCAGAAGAAGGAGGACAUCAAACAGUUUAACAAUUCACAUGUAUGGAGAAAGAGAGGAGUAGCAAUCAUGCCGUCCAAGUGCGCAGUGUUAUACCCAACUAAAGAAGAAAAUCAGGGAUGUGCCCUUGUGAACGUGUACCUGGAUGGAUCAGUACUGAUAUCACACGGUGGAAUAGAGAUGGGACAGGGACUACAUACUAAGAUGAUACAAGUGGCUUCCAGAGCUCUCGACAUUCCUAUGGAUAACGUGCACAUUAGUGAUACCGGAACAAAUAUCACUCCUAAUUCCGUACCGUCAGCGGCAAGUGCUAGCACCGACCUUUACGGGGAGGCCGUGCUGAAUGCAUGCAGAACACUCAGGGAAAGACUGGCGCCAUUCCAAGAGAAAAACCCACAAAUUUCCUGGCCCAAUCUGGUUCAGAAAGCUUUUCAUGAACGAGUCAGCCUGUCAGCUACCGGCUUUAGUAGAGUUGGAACCAAUCAUCGGGACUUUGAGAAGGGGGAGGGCGACCCUUAUAACUACUAUUCAUUUAGCGCGUGCUGCUCCGUCGUGGAGAUAGACUGUUUGACAGGAGAACACCAGGUGCUAAGUACUGAUAUUGUGAUGGAUGUCGGUAAAAGUCUCAACCCUGGUAUAGACAUAGGGCAGAUAGAGGGCGCCUUCGUACAGGGAUACGGGUGGCUGACAUCAGAAGAGAUUGUAGUGAAAGCAGAUGGCCGGUACAACGUUACCGGACCAGUUGAUUACAAGAUUCCGAACGUCAAGGAUAUCCCAAGGGAAAUCAAAGUGUCACUCUUAAAGGAUUGUCCCAACGAGAAAGCAUUGUAUUCUUCAAAAGCAAUUGGAGAGCCACCAUUACUCCUCUCUAUAUCUGUGUAUCUGGCCCUGAGAGACGCCAUUAACACUGCUAGGAAAGACGCUGGUCUGUCUCCAGUAUCCGGUCUGGACAUCCCACUUACUGCUGAAGUCAUACGGUCUGUUUGUCCAUGAAUUUUAACAUGAGAUGUGCUGCUAUAGCAUAGACGUGAUGUGAUGUUUACAUGUAUAUUAAGAGGAAACAACAAGUAAUGGAACUUUUGGAAGUACUUAAGAUACACGAAGUCACGAAACACAUUAAUGCUCUGGUAUAAAUGUGUUUGUUACUGAAAUAUCUAUCAGCUGAUAAUUACAUAAUUGGAACAUGUGUGUCACUGUAAUAUUCAUCAUUCAAGAGGAUGUUGUUAUAGGGAAAGCCAUGUAGAAGUACACAGGAGGACCAGGGCAGGCAGAUACGUAUAUAAUGUAUAUAAUUAAUCACAACUUGAUUAGGGAAAUCCUCGUAUAUACAAUACAGUGUAGACCUCCCAAACAGAUACCAUACUUUCUUACUACCACACUGUCCAACUCACAUAUAUCAUAUCAGUCGAACCCGGUUAUAUUGAAAUGCUCGGGAAAUGGAAAAAUACUUCAAAUUAACCGGUUUUCAAUAUAACCGAGAUCCAGCCAGUGGCCGACAUAUUUCAGUGCAGCGCUACGUCAAACAACACACCAUUGUUCAAUAUAGUUAAUCGACAUUUUACUAAGUCAGUAUUUACAAUCGAUUCCAAAAUGAUAGUAGUUUCAUAGGUUUAUUAGAAAUAAUGUUAAAUUCGACGGGGGAAGUAUUCGACUGUUGCUUGUUUUUGUUUAUGUUGAGUUCGCGGAUACACAUUAGAACAGUUUCCGGUACAUCCGGGCUACUUUCCAAGAACUACUGUCUGAAAUCGGACCUGUGCGUCGGUGAUAGAUGGAUUUUCAUGAAUUGGUUGAGGGUCGUUGUCAAUAUCACUGUUCUGGUUACGGUGUUAUCAUUUUCUGUCAAAUCCCUAAGAAUGGCCUCGUCAUUUGUAAUUGUCUCGCGUGUAGUUAAAUGAGAGUCAAUUUCGAUGUAUAUACAUUUGUAUGUAACAGAAGCCAAAAUAGGCUGUGUCCCUCAAGGUAUACUUGUAAACAAAUACAGAUUCAUGCACAUAACGAACGCAUUUAAUGAUUAAAAGUCACAAUUUAUCUGUAUUGUUUUGAUCGGACGCACGUACCGUAAUGGCCGGUAAAUUAAACGAUAUUUCAAUAUAUCCGAUUUCAAAUUAAGUGGGUUCGACUGUAAUAACAAAUAAACAAAGAGGUUCUUCUAUAUAUAGUUUAUUAGUAAAAAAUAUCAAAACAAACAACAAAUACAUAACUAAAUGGUCCAAAGAACUUGAUUUGGUGAAAGACACAAUAUGGUGGAAAAAAAUUAAUAUAAUCCCAUUUAAAUCCACCAUAGACUGUAAACUUAAAUGGUUUCAAUACAGAAUAAUACAUAGAAUAAUUAGUACAGAUAAUUUUUUACAUAUGAUCAACAUAAAAGGCUCCCCUCUCUGCACUUUUUGCAACCGUCACAUUGAAAAAAAUUAUGCAUAUGUUUUGGGAAUGCAGAAUAGUUGAAAUAGUUGAUUUUAGUUUAAAUUGUAUUUUAUUUGUGAUUCGAUACAACAUGUAGUACAGCAACAUAAAUGAAAAUGAUCGGAUUCAGAAACAAGUACAGUGUACUUAUAUUAAUAGUUGAUUUUAAAGACAACUAGAACUAUACAACUACAAAAUGUUGAUGUACUAUUGGGUAAAUUACCCAAGGAACAAGAGUUAAAAUAUCUCAACACUUUACUUCUAUUAGCAAAGUUUCAUAUUUACAAACAAAGACUUAGAAUCUGUCUUCCUAAUAUAAAUGGAUUCAAAAACGAAUUAGAUAUCUACCUGAAAAUAGAAGAAGUAAUAUUUAGAAAUAAGAUGGAGUACAAUAAGUUUGAAAAUAAAUGGUCCAUAUAAAAUAGAUUUUUCUCUUACUGACUAUACACCUUUUAUCUGUAUAAGUAUAUAUAUAUAUAUAUGUAUUCAGUAAAUGUGUGAAAGUGAGUGUGAAAGCUGUAUUAAAUGUUGUAAAUAAUAAGAAAAAAAAUCCUUUAUUUCUUGUUUUAUUACUAUAUUCACUAAUUACCUUAUAUAAGUACAUGCCAUGAAAUCAAUAAUUAACAAUAGCUACUUUCAUUAGCCUUUUUAUAUUAUAUACAGAUCCAGAUAUAGCUUUUAAUCAAAGGGAGACAAGUCUCAAAAUAAUACUCAGGUAGCUUGCAUUUCUGCUGUUUCUUAAAACCAGUAUAUAUAUUCUAUACUAUGCAACACCUCCAGUUUAUACACAUGAUGAUCAACUUACUAUACAUAUAUAUGUACACUUAUCAACCUCUUAAUACUGUAAGCUAUAUAUAAUUCAACAAUGGUACAUAUUUAUCCAAAUUGUUCAAUACAUACUUUAUUUCUAUUAGCCAUUAAACAUGGUUUCAAUAUAUAUACAUGUACGCAUUUUCUAAAAUGUUGCUAUUAUGUAUACCAACUCAUUGUCACCCUUAAGCUUGAUGCUCUUCUCAAAAAUGAUAUUGUGCUGCUGUAAAACUGUAUCUAUAAUUGAUGGUUUUUUUUCUAUGUAUUUCAUGUACUUGUAAUAUGCAAAAGGAUGAAUAAAAAGACUAGUUAUCUCCAA